CAGGUGGGACAUGGUGAUCUGCUGGAGAAGGACCCCCGAGUCUCUCGGGUUGACGUCUCGACCGCGGGUCGAGACGCCUCGACCGCUGGGGAGCACGGGACGCUGGCCCUGGACGCUGGACAACCUGUUUAGGGCCAUAGGACUGAGAAACGGCUUCCGGGGUGGUGGGUGCCAGGUCAGCGGUCUGUCUGGGGCGGUGGGGUGCGUCCUGGCAGUCCCCGACAGUGUCGUGGGACUGGGCAUUGAACGACCAGGGCGGUUAGAGUUGUUUGUUGUGCAAUGUUUCGCCACGCUGAGACUUUUCUACAUGAAAAGCCGGCUUCGGCCACUGAAAAGUUGUCACUCCGAAAAUGAUUGGCUCAAGCACUCGAGAUUGUGUGAGCAACCCGACCGAAUGUCCGGGAGUGCUUCUGAAGAGCUACCCACAUGGGGUUGCUACGCGCAUCGCCCUUAUUGCAACCUGCUCGCGAGCGCGGCCCUGUCAGGGGACCCAUGCACUCCUGAGUUUUUACUCUUCGACUGCAAGGACAAAAAGCUGUUCUUGUGCCGCUACGUGGACACCGGGACGACCACCCUAUGUCGUUCAUGCUGUUUGUGUACGAAUGGUGCCUUGUCUAAUCCGCGUCAGCUGCUUCUUUCUCCUCGCCGGCGAGUAUUUGCAUCCCUGGAAGUGAUCAAUGGCCGUGGUUCGGUGGCCGUUUGGCAGCUGCCCGCCAUCUCGGAUGAGACCGAACUAGCAGCUGUAGCAGCAUGCCGCUUGGGUGAUGUGCUGCCCAGCGAUGCAGAGAAGACUUCAAAAGCGAUUUGUUGGGCAGGCCCUACGUUGCCUCCUUUCUGCAAGAGUGGGGAACAAAUUGACUUUCUGUCAGUGUUGGUGGCGGAAAAGGUGCUCCUCGUGUUGGUCAAAGUUAAGCCAACUGAGACAUCAGAAAUGGGUGAGGUUUCUUUGGAGCAGCUACAUUCUGUGAGCAUCAGUUUUCCAUGUCGAUGCCUGUCUUGGUCCAAUGACGGUACUCAGCUCCUGGUCGGUGGCAAAGGGCAACUCUCAUGUUUUGCUUUUGAAGAUGCCCAACAAGUGCCCUUGGUGCGGCAUCUCCUUUGUUCAGGCGAGUGCGUUGAGAUCCAAACAGCCUUCUCCAAUGUCUUUCUGUGCCGUAUCGAUCAGUGUGUCGAUCCAUUGCCGGAGCCCUGCUUGAUGCUGCCAGGGCAGGGGUUGAAUGCUUCCCCCAUGCCCUUGGUUCAAGUGGUGGAAAAUCCCCAAGAUGGGCCUUCUGAAAGACCGGGCUCGCAAUCAGUGCCACCUUUUGUGAGUGCUUGGCAGAAUCCCGAGCUUGACACUGGCUUGCAGGUCUUGCCUUGCCAGCGCUACCUUUUGCCCAUCCGAUGCUCAUUGACCGAGGCCCGCGACACCUUGCGGCUCCAGUGUGGAGUCGAGCGUCCGGCUGGAGAGCUGCUGGCCGUGGCGGAGACUGGUGGCAAGGCAUUGGUGGUCUUUGGCUCUUUCAACAGCAGCGAGGUGCAGUUUUCUCGUUUGGCACCUCCUCACCAAUGGGCCAGUGAGGGUAUCAUGGGUACCGAGAGCCAAUCCAUGUGGCAUGGAGCUGCAACUCUGAGCCUUUUGCCACAAGCAUCCUUGAGACUCUCGGGUCUCGCUCUCUGGCGUGCGGCCCCAGCCGCUCCUCCGGAGCUCCACGCUGUGUUAGAAGCGCCUUCCGCGGCCGGCGAGUUCGGACGCCCGAAGAGGGAGCUCUUCCAUCGGUCCGAGAGUUUGGCGGAGGAACCCAUGAGCCCUACGACGGCACCCAAGCAUCUAGAGCCCAGUGGUGAGGAAGGCAUGGACCGCGGUCACCUGGUUUUGGCUGAUCAGGUGAGCUCUUGGAUUUCCCGAACUGGGUCAACCCCCUGGCAUGGGGAAUGGUUUUUAUGCCAAACCUGGUUUUGCUUAGGGAAUUGGUUGUUUUCGUAAAUCCCCUUCUGGGCAAUAUGUUUCGAGUUUUGCCAGCCAUAUUAGUACUGUGAAUCAAGGCUAAUCGCAGCAAGUUCCCUGCGCACAGCGAGUCACGGCGACGGGAAGUGGUUUGGAUGUGUUCUCCGUCCGAAUCAGCCAAACCCGAGGCCAGGAGCACUCUCCACGACCCGGUCGAGGCUCGCAGACCUCGCAGACCCUGCAGACCCUGCAGCUUCAGAGCAUCGCGGAGAACGUCGCGGGCAUGCGUCAAGAAAUGAGUGGUUUGAGGGAGAGCUUGGAUGGAUUUCGACAAGAUUUCUCCCGAUUGGUGGCGGCCGUGGAAAAGCUGGCCAAUUUGAAGGGCUGACGGAUGAAGUUCCGUCUGGCCAGUCGAGCAAGGAGUCUCCAAAGCAGAGAACACCUUCUUCGGAAGUGGCGAAGAAAGGACGUAAACAAGGUUUGCUUAAACAUCCGCAUCGCACCCACAGU